AACAUACCAAACAAUUGCACUCGAUUGUUUAUAACGCUAAAGGAUUUAUUGACUGCAAUAGCCCGUCCAUUUGUGUGCAGAGUCUCUAGAAUCCUUUAAAUCACGACAGGAAUUCUCCAUAACUUCCGUUUAACUUUCCGUUUUAACUAAUUGAAAUAGAGGCAAACCUUAUCGUCUUUUUUUGACCCGUCACCAAAAGGCCAUUGUGUCACUUUAAAUUUUCCAUCCUCGUGAUCCGAAUAAUUCCAACCACACUAUCACAAUUGAUACCACUGAUCUUCUUUCUGUUAUUUAUCAGUUGACUGACAGCUUUCUCCCAAAAAAAACACGUAUUCUACAAUGAAAAGCCAAAAACUCCAAAAGCUGACCUCCUCAAAGGCUGAAGUUAUUGAGUCUAAGUUCAAAACCGACGCCGACAUUGCCAACGCUAAUUUCAAGGAAAGAGAGUUGGAAAAAUGGGUGCCUGAUGCUGACGACACCAAAGUCUUGACUUUUGAUGAAAACUCCACUGGCGGCUGGGAUCAAUUUAGAGUCAACCAAGAAAAGUUCGGGAUUGAAUCCACGUACGAUGAACAUUUAUAUACCACGAGAAUCAACACCGAGGCCAAAGACUUCCAAGAGCGGGUGAAGAAGGCAGAGAGACUUGCCAAUGAAAUUGAAAACGAUGGUUCCAUUGAUCCUCAUAUUUUGGAAGAAAGAGGAAAGCUUAAAGACACCGGUCUUGACGAAGAAAUGAAAUAUUCGGGUGUUUUAAGAGAUGAGGACCCAGAUGUUACCAAGAGAGACACUCGUGGUGAUGAGUUGAUGGCUGCAUUGAAGUCUGUGAAUAUCAGCGAUAAGAAGUAUGUUCCCCCAAAACCCAAUGCCUUGAACACGGCUCACAAGGAUCCUGCCAUCGCCUCAAUUCAAAAGCCAAGCGACAAGAAACAUACUGAAGAAUCGUUCAGAUUGAAUGCUCAAAGCGAAAUCAACUCUUUGAAAGAGUUUAGUGCAACUUUUAAAGUACCUCAUAAGCUUCCUAACGACUUGUUACCAAUCUUGGCAAAAGACAAGAUAAAACAGGAUGAGAUUCUUAAGAAAUCUUCAACCCCAACCUCUACUUCUGCUUCUUCCACGCUGCCUCCUCCACCAGCUUUCAAGUUGAACCCCAAAGCUGCUGCGUUCACUCCUUCCUCUCCAAGAGGUCAAGGUUCUCCAAAGCCUCAAGCUCCCAAGCUACCUUAUGUUAACAAUGGAAUGUCCAAACGUCACUACCAGAUUUCCCCUGCUGACUUCUUCGGUGGUUUUGACAGAGUUCCAACUAAGGAAAGCCAGAUUGAAAAGUCCAAGAAAAUCAAGAUUUCUUUCAACCUUUUCGUAACUGCUAAGAGGAACACACCAAAAGGUGAACCAGUCACGAUCGAAAGAGCUUACACCACACCACCAACUUGGAAACAAACAGUUGACGAACCUUAUUACAACUUGUUCCCUUCGCCUGACACGAUAAAUCAGCUGCCCCAAGCUAAACCUCAGGUACUCAAUCAACAAGCCCCAGGUCAACACCCACAAGCGAUGAACGUUUUUCAACAACAACAGUAUCAGGCAGCUAUGUUCUAUCAACAGCAACUCGGUAUGAUGCCGCAAGCCCAAGGUAUGCCUGGAAUGUACGUUCCCACCGGAGGUGAGUUCAUGAUGCCAGGAUACAUGCCUCCAAACAUGAAUUAUUCGGGCGGGAGUCCGAAUUCGCCUCGUAUGGUGAUGCAAUACCCAUAUGGGAAUUCUAAUCAGCACCAUCAAAACUAUAAUGGUAACCAUCAUAGAAGAUACAAUCAGAAGCGAAACGAAUAACUUCACCAAAAGAAUGACGUUCCUUCUUAAUGUAUAUAACGAUUAGUCCAUGUGAAUAAAUCACUACUCAUUUUCCUUACUAAAGAGCCUCUUAAUUGUGUGUUUUGUAACCAAUAUUUUCUUUUCCUAGAUUACUCCAAUCCAUAAUAUUCUA